AUGCUUGAAAACCGAAUGCUCCACUACACUGAUCGAAAAGGAAUUACACGAUUAGAUAUCAUGAAAUCGAUACCUCAAGAUUCUGGAGAGUACACUUGUGAAGCAUACAAUGCCCUAGGAAAAGAUUUCACCCAUAGUCAUGUCCAAGUCAUCGGAAUGAGUCUAGGACGGGGUACGCCAUCCACUUCACGUUGCGCGAGCCCAAGCGUCCCUCCAUCUUCCUCUAAACCACUCGAAUCACGUGCUCCAGUGAUAACUCGACCACUCGAAGACGCCGUUGUAGCAAUAGGAAAUCGCGAGCUCUUCGAACUCGAGGUGGACAGCGUUGCUUCGGUGACCGUUGAGUGGUACCAUGACGGUAAACUGGUCGCAGAAAGUCGGACUAUGCGGACGUACUUUGACGGACGAGUAGCUUUCCUGAAGAUUUACGAAGCAUUGCCUGAGCAUCACGGAACAUACGUUUGCAAGGUCUCCAACAAAUUUGGAACGGUGCAAUCUGCGGCCAUGCUCACGGUCGAAGAGAAUGUGUCCGUACAUUUGCCAAUGAUGCCCGUAUUUAUCACAAAACUCAAAGAUGUCACGGUUGAG